CCUGGUUGUUUUUUGUUCUCCCAGACUGCAGAAUGGACAGAGCUGCAAGUUUCUGAGGAGUGGAAGACAUAAUGAUAGCUUUACAUUUUUUGAUGUUUUUCUGGUUAUGUGACUCUGUUCUUCUUCAAGGUAAGAUACUUUAUUGCCCAGUUCUAUGCAAGUCUGAUGGGAAAGUUCCAAUGGGGCUUAUGAUUGCCACCUUAAUCCUGUUCAAAUGGAGGGCAAUGGUGAGUUUGUGUUUUGAAUGGAAAAAUUUCAGUCCUUGGCAUCUACAGUUAAAAUCUCAGGCUGCAGGGCCGCAAAAGAUUUCUCUCUGCCUGAAACUCUGGGGAGCUGCUUUCAGUCAGUGUACACAAUGCUGAGUAAGAUGAAUCUAUGUUCUAAUUCAAUAUAACACAGAUUUAUCAAUUCAUCAAGGAGCAAAGUAAAGCAGUUCUCACUCAGUAUUCAUGCAAAUCUAGUUCCUUUGGCUGAAAGAGGUGCAGAUCUUUUAACAAAUCUGGCUCUAAAAAACUGCAUUCCUGUUGUGCAAUACAUAUAUUUCAGAGUUUAAGGAUUACAGAUUGACUAGGGCCUUUAAUACACAAUUUCUGUAACAAAGGUGUGGCUGUUUCACCAAAAGGACAAUGGUGCCUGUUUUGUUGAAGAAAAGCUGAUGGAACUGCUAAUUAAAACAAAAGCUGAAUGAAUAUAUGAUGUGGAAAACAACAUAAUUCUUCAUCAUUUUUGGGGGGUUAAAUUAUACUGAGUGUACGCAGGAUACACUGAUGGAUAAAGCGAGGAUGUGCUGAUGACUAAAAUACAGAGGGAAUUCCAUGUCAUUCUCUUCCAGUUGUUCCAGCUAUGCAAGGAGUGUGGUUUGCCAGAUUUAAAGAUCCCUGCUCUCCUGCCCACAUGCGCUGUUCUGGGGGUUCUCCCAAGCCCCCAGAGCCAGUCUGAGCGCAGGGGCACAGAGAAGAGGAGGCAGGGAAAAGCCUCAUUGCAUAAGCAGAAAGUCCUUGUGGAGGGCCUACACUGUCAGAGAGCAGAUGCAAUGGGCAGGAUUCAACAAAUGAGACCCAUCAGCGGAAGCCCUGCAGAAAGGCUUCCACUUGCGCAAGGCGGCUCCUGUGUGCCCCCCCCCCUGCCCCCAUGGGUGCUGCAGGGACCAGAACCUAAUCCCUAACCCUGGAUUAUUAUUAACAUGCUCUGAUAAGUAUAGAGGGAACUUUGAGGGCCUGUUUUGGCCAUCUAAUGUCAGUAUGUAGACUUGAAGGAGAUCAGUACAUGUGAAUUAAGAUGCUGAGCUUUCUGUUGAGGAGCAAGACAUUAGGACAGAUUUUACUGAACUGAAUUCAGAUAUUUAAGAUAUUUAGCUAACGUGUGGGGGGGGGGCGGGAAAAUAGGCAUUAGCAACAAAUGGGUCACUUGGAGGUAAAAUUGGCCAUAUAGCCUUUGUUUUGGAUGUCAGAUAAUGUAGCAAAACCAACAUGUCCCCACAAAAGAUAUAUAUCCUAACUGCUCUCUUAUUUUCCGAUUUGCCUGUAGAGUCUGCGCCCAAGAAAAAUGGAAGCGUCAUCCAGCCAUCCUCAGCAGGUAGGCCCUCUACAAUUACCCUGCUAUUAAAAGGCUUUACCUUUUCAAUGAGUUCCAGUAAAGCGAUGAGGGAACCCUUUGUGUGAUCCUGAUGGAGGGCAAGGGCAAAAUAUCCGUGAUGGCUCUUUAUCCUCCCUUUCAUCUCUAACACCUGUACUCAGGAUUACUUACAGUGGGCAGAUCCUUUGGUAGGAAAAUGCCAGACCAUCACUUCUCAUUUCAACAUGCUACUAUUAUGCAUUAUAAACAAGUAGCUCUCAGCAUCCUGUGGUAAUGAAUGUUCUUAUAUUACAAAACUGAUUGUUGCUUGAUUUAGGUGAGAAAGGGAAUUUAAACCUAUUUUUGCUAGGUCAGAUGCAGUCCCUUUGUUCCAUACAGCUAAAUUCAUAGUGGCCAAAAAAGGUAUUUUUGAUGGUCAGUGGAUUUUAUGCCUUGUCUUGUUCUUGUUCUUGUUCUGCAUUGCCAUUUCCUUUCUCAGAGAAGAGAGCGGUUUUUCCCUGACCCUGACUGGUUUUUGGAUAUUUUACUGUGCAUAUUUAUGCAGAACACAUGUAAGGGUAUUGAGACAGGAAAGAAGUUGGCGUGAGCACACUGACUGUGCCCUGGGUCUCCUUUGUCCUCCAUAUUUAUUUAUUUUUUAGUAAGAUAUUUAUUAAAGUUUAAGCAUUACAAAGAAAAGAAAGAGGAAAAGAGAAAUACAAGCAAUAAAGAAUUACAAAACCUCAAAAACAAAAAUAAAUACAAUAAUACAAAACAUCAACAAUACAAAAAAGAAAAAAAGAAAAACAAAAGCAUUUAAAAAACCCAAACCUUUUAAAAAUAGAAGAAAAAAAGGAAAGAAAAAGGGAAAAAAGAACAAACAAAAAAGACCCCGUAUUUUCAUAUCCUUAUCUUUCAUUUGCUUAUUUCCUCGACUUCCUCACACCUCCUUUUUUGUAUUCUAGUUCAAUCAAUUAUUCCAGCAAGUCCUUUCCCUCUUUCUCAAAUUUAGUUCCAUAAUUUAUCUUAACGCAAUUUAGCCUUAAAUUUACACCUUUACCCAAUGUCAAUCUAUUCAUACUUAAUUCUUUACAAUAUUUCUGCUAAAGUCAUAUAGCUUCUUUCCAGCAUCCUUCUAACAUUCAUUAAUUUUACAAUAUUUCUGUAAAUAUACUUUAAAUUUUUUCCAAUCUUCUUCCACCGACUCUUCUCCCUGGUCUCGGAUUCUGCCAGUCAUUUCCGCCAAUUCCAUAUAAUCCACCAGCUUCAUCUGCCUCCUUUGUCCUCCAUAUACUAGGGGUAGCCAUGCUUGUUAGGCAGCUGAGGCAAAGGAUGCUGAUGCUGGACAGCAAGGAAGCUAGUGAGGAGAAGCCAUGCUGUGCUGAGGCCAGUUGGUCCUCCCUCUCCAGCCAGCAGCCUGCAGCACUGGAGUCCAUUCAUCCCAUUUCAUUGUUUAUAGCCAAUGGCCAUUACAGUAUAAACCACAAAACAUGCUAUCCAAUCAAAAAGGCAGUUAAUCUAUAAAUUUUCAAGAAAUCUAUCAUUGUCUAAUCUUUUUUUAAAAAACAAACUUGGGAAUGCAAUGCUGUUUUGAGUCAGGAAAAAAACGUCAGUAACAAAGGUAGUAGUAGAUGCAGGGUCUUACCCCAAUCCAUUGCCUCUUCAUUUGAAUACGCCUCUCAAUGUCUCUAUACCUUUCUAUUUCUUAGUUUCCACAGGUAUAUAUAACGGGGCCACCUCUCCCACGAAAGGUCUCCUGUAUGUAAAUACAGAUUUUCUCACGAUCCCUUCCCCUACAGAAGAAAAAUCAGCAGCACUAACAGUGGCAGCAACUGGUGAGUAAAGACAUUAAGAUGAGGUGUCACAAUUUUGGACAGAAAGUAAUAAGACAGAUGGGUUUAAAGGGUGCCAGCAUUAAAUAUUUUUCCAAGUAUUUUAAAAAUAUUUAUAUCUUACGGAAAUCAGUAUUCUGAUUAUACCUCCACACUCUUGCCCCCAAAGAAAACCUUAUCAGUAGUAGUUUGUAGAGCUUAGCAAAAAAGAAGUCAGGAUUCACGAAGCGGCAUUCAACUACAAAAUUGCAGUAGCACAACAGGACAUCCUUCUUGCCCCACACAUGCCCUGCACUGUCCCAAAAAUGUCUCCAGAGCCAGGGGUGUAGUGAGGAGGGCCGGGGGGGGGGGUCAUAGCUCAGGGCACAUGGUUUUCAGGGGGUGUGAGUCAGGGCCCCCCCACAGGGAUUCCUGCCCUGCCUGCUGCCGGAGGUCUCUGGCUUCCAGAGCCCAGUCUUGCCACUGCGCCCCUGGCCCCCUCACCAAGGGCUCCCCCCGCACGGGUGGGCAAGCAGCGCAAUGCAUCCCCGCACCUGCUUGGCGGUGGAGCACCUAGCCCCUGGUCCUGCCUGGUGCGCACGCACACACCGGGCCCUAAUAAAGGAUGCAAUGCUACUGUCCAGAGGGAUGGGGGAACCCCCUGAACAGAUAUAGGGGGCACUGGGGAGAAUGCUCCCUUUCACAAGGAGACAAAAUGCUUUGCUUAGAACUGUUUUGCAUAGAACACAUAGUAUUUGUUAAUUUUAAUUUUGUCAAAUUCAUUCUCAUAUGUACUUACAGUGCCUGUAUUGCCUAAUUUAACUUCCUGCAAAGUGUCCCAAGAAUGUAUGAGCUCCUAUAAACACUUACCUGGGAGUAAAGAACAUAAGCAUACCUAGAAUAAAAUUAUAAGUUAUCUGGAGGAAGGACAGAACACAAAUAGAGGAGUUGAGCACAAAUGAUUGACUACCACUUUUUUGUUCUACCCGUUCUGAAAGGACCUCAAAAGCAGUGUGGGUGAGGUGUGGUUGCAUUGAAGUAAUGGCCGGACUGAGAUCUGCUUAGCUGCAGACACCUUAUACAUUAGGUGCCCCACAAACUAUUCUCUGGGUACACUGUCUCAAAGUUACAUCAAGUCUUUUCAGUUAUUCCAUUCCACAUAUACACUUAAAACAUGGAGAGAGAGCCUGAUGUGGUGAACCCUGGUGGCCCCAUCCCUGAUGUGCACAUUUUCAAGAGAGCCUAUUUGCAAACAAGUGUGCAUAUGCAGGCUGCUCACUCAGCUAGGAAAGUACUGGGUUUUCAGAUUGCAGAGAGCAUGUGUGAAUAGGCUGUCCUUUAUAAAUGUCACAUUGAAUGUAUGGAAAUUGGAGGACAGGGCUGACAGAGCAAUCACUCAUGAACACACAAGGCCAUCCAAAUCUCUGCCACGUCACCACUUUGCACAAUGCUGCUGUGCUGUCCAGUACUGAUAGCUCUUCCUGAAAGAACAUGCACCGGCCUAUUGCCACAAUGCUGGCACUUGGCAGUAGUAAAGAAUUUGUCACUGCAGUGCACUGGUACAUUCCAGCUGUUACAGGGCUGCCAGUGAAAUUUCUUCUGGGGCAUUUGUUAAUAGGCUUAAGAGAAUUUCUGGUUAUUCAAUAACUCCAUUUGAUGUUCAGAUACAGAUUAAAAAAUAUGUAGACUCUACAUUUUUGAAACAUUACGACUUAAUGCACUUGUCUCUGCUCCCACCUGGAUUUACAGAAAUUUAUACCCUCCUAGACACUAGACAAUCACAUCAAUUGUUGUAUUGAGAUGCUCUUGUUGGCUGUCCUUGAUUGUGCUCCUGCCCAUUUUUAACUACUUUGGCAAGUUUGGGUUUUAAGUAGUGAUUGGCAGCACUGUCAACCCUAUUUGUUGUCACUGAUUCUAACAGAUGUUGAAUGGAAAACUACCAAUGGCUGCCAUUAUGGGUCUUGUUUUCCUCGUUAUCCAGGUGUUAUCAGCUUCAUUGCCAUUCUGGUGGUGAUUGUAAUUAUCCUGGUCUGUGUGGUCAGCCUAAGAUUCAGGUGUCAUCACUGCAAAAAUGUGGAAGGUAUUAAACAGUGUGCGUCAUUGUUUUAAUAGCCCUGAAGUGAUUAUCUUGUAUCCAAGUCUCCAUUUUAUCCACUUAAUAUUCACCUUGCAAUUGUCUGCCAUGGACUUGGUUCACUAUCCACAUUUCUUGACUUUGAUUCUCUGCUUAGCUCUUGUUCUGUGUUCUUUCUUGGGUAAAAUGCUUCUUGUCCAACCCUUCUUCUUACAAACAUUUUGCUCAAGAUAAUUCCAUAAUUCCCCACUUUCCAGUUUGCAGGCCGGUUGUAAUUUAUAGUCUCAAGCUUCCUGGGUUUUUUCCUUCCUUUCUUCACUUUUAACCUUCUUCACUUCUCAGGUUCUUGAUGAUGCCACUUGAACACUCUUCCUUAUUCACUGCCUUCACUCGAUUUCCUUCAGCUUAUAUACUUUAUUUAUGUCCCACCUUACUGCCAAGGAGCUCAAGAUGACUUACAUUGUGCCUCACAACACCCCUUUGAGGCAGGUUAGGCUGAGAGACUGUGACUAGCCCAAUGAGCUUCAUGGCUGAAUGGGGAUUUGAACCCAGGUCUCCCGGGCCCUGGUCCAACACUCUAACGGCUACACUGCACUGGGUCUGCAUUCAUGUCGUGAAAAGCUAAGGUGUAAGCUUGCUCCACAAUUGAUUCAAGUUCAUGUUUGGUCCUACCUUAUUAUGUCCUCACUAAGUAUAUUUGUUUUUUAAUGUGCUCUCUUUCCCAUACCCCAAAUGUGUGAACAUUUCUUCUUGAUUAAAUUGUAUUCUAUCCACUUUCUUCUUAUUCUUCUGAUAGAACUUCUUCUCAUUUCUGAUUUUAAACCCAGUUCAACUUCUAAUCACUUAUAAUCUAUAUGCUCAUCUUUCAGCUUGACCACCUACUUGUUUUACUGAUAUAAUUCCUUCUCAUCCGUUAUUCCAUGUGUCAUAUUUUAACUUAACCUUGUCCUCUGGAACUUUACAAUUCCAGCUAGCACCAACAGGAGCAAAUAGCAGCUUUGGAGGAGCAGUUUUCAUCAUGACUGCUGCAGGGGAGGAAAAGGUUAAACACUCCUCCUUUCCUGCCCACUGUGAUCCUUAUCAUUGAUGCACACACCAGUGACUAUUUGCAUUUUUUUAAACGUGCACAUUAAUUGCAAAAAUAAGCAUGUUAACACAUCUAGCUGGGUCCUCUGGACAUUCCUUCUGCCUCUUCCAAGAUAUGCUUUUAUUUUAAUGAUAAAUGAGGACUAAAUUAAAGGCAGUAUAUUAUUUGUACACAUCUUUUAGUGCGUAUUAUUAAUGGAUUUUUCUCUUUGUAGAUAAACAAAAACCUCAACAUCCGAUUGUAUCUUACAGGUAAAAAAAUAUGUUUUAGAGUUUUUUCUUCUUACUAGUUGCUGUCAAGCUGCAGCUAAUUUUGUUUUUCAGCUACUAACUUUCAGAGUGGCUGUGAUCCUUGUUGACUAAAUCAGGUUGGUCAAAACCUUUAUGUGAGCUGUAAUACAGCUUUGGGUUUUAAUGCAUGAAAAGGGACAUGGUCAACAGUGGAACAGCUACAGCCAAAGUACUGCAUGUCUGGGGCCCUGCUUAACCCUUAGGAAUGUGUGGCUGCAGAGAGGGACGGCAAAGAAUAAGAAUCAGAAACAAUCCAAAACACAGGAACAGUUCAGAGUGGCACAGCAAGAGUAAAGUUACACAUCAGAUUAAACAACCCUAUCAUCACACAUUUACACAAGUGUCACUAGGUUCGAUCAGACUGACUCUUUAGUGAAGGAAUUUAGAACUGCAGCCUUAUUAUUUAUGCAGUGGUUUUCAAAGCAUAAUCUCAGCAAUAAUUACAACACUGUCGUAAGGGUAUGCAGGUAUCACUCCUAUGCUACUAACUUUGAUGUAACCCACAGCAGCUUGCCUAGGACGACCGUAUGGAGUUUAUGGCUGAUCCAAAUGUUUAGGUACAUUCAUAGGUGUGAUGAGAUGAUGAGCUGCUUGUGCGUAAAAUCGUAUCCCCUCAGAGUUUGUUCAAGUCCACAAACCUCUGUCUGUGACGGAGCCCCUCAGACAUGGCUCCUCUAGUCACUAGCAGAUUCCGACAGUGGUUGCUUUCGUAAUCGCUUCCAACAUAAAAGCUCCUUAACGGAAACACGUCUUCUGGACUCUCUGCGUGACAGUUUCCGGCGAGGAGUGGGUGUUCUUACAGGAGGUCCUGAAACCUCCCCACUGUUUUCGCUGGAAGUGUCUCUGAGCCAUCCCUCCAGCUCAGCUCCUCUCCCCCUGCUGGUUCCCUCUUCAGCUGCUGCGUCUCUCCCAACCUGUGUGAGCCCUUUCACCUCCCUGCUGGUUCCCUCUUCAGCUGCUGCGUCUCUCCCAACCUGUGUGAGCCCUUUCACCUCCCUGCUGGUUCCCUCUUCAGCUGCUGCGUCUCUCCCAACCUGUGUGAGCCCUUUCACCUCCCUUCCGUCCGAUGGCAGUUCCCUGACAUCCACCUCCCCCUCCAGGGCCCCCUUCACCCCCUCUCGCCCCCUCCUCUACGGGCGGUGAGGAGGCAAAACCCGGAAUGAACUUCCUUCAUCUUCCGAUGUCUCGAACACUUCUCUCAACCUGUUGCGGUUCCUGGUCUCGAAGUACACCUCCUCCUCAGAGUCCAUCUCCCCUUCCCCUUCCGAGUCCGGGAAUCCUUCCAACUCCUCCCCCUCAUCAGUGGUCCCAAAGUAUUCCCUCCGGAACCUCUCCACAGGCUGAGGUUUCCUUGGGAACCUUUGAUGGAACGUUUCUAUCAAUACCUCGUCAUUGAUAUCUUCGGCCAUUACCCAAGUGUUUUCUGACUCCGGUUCUCCUUCCCACGCUACCAAAUACUCCACCUGAUCCCCCUUCCACCUGGCGUCGAGGAUUUCUGCCACAUGGCUGCUGCAUUCUCUUUCUUCUAUGACCGGUCCCGAGUGGCCAGCCCUUCUCGUCCCCCUUCGUACGGUGACAGUAACGACCUGUGAAAUACUGGGUGCAGUUUCAUGUGGUUGGGUAACCGGAGCCUGAAAGCCACUGGGUUGACCUGUUGAAUGACCUCAAAGGGACCCAACCUCCUGGGUCUUAAUUUCUUACAACCUCCUUUGAGCGGCAGCCCUUGGGUUGACAGCCACACCCUAUCUCCCACCCUUAUGGUUUCACCUUCCCUUCGGUUCUUGUCUGCCUGCCUCUUGUAUUCUUCCUUCGCCCUUUCUAAGUUGAGUUGGAGCUGACGAUGGAUUGCUUCCAUUUCUUCCACAAAAUGCUCGGCUGCCGGGACGCUCCAUCUCUCCCCAUCUCCCCCUGGGAAAGCCCUGGGAUGACACCCAUAAUUAGCCAAGAAGGGGCUCAUCCCUGUGGACACAUUCUCGGCAUUGUUGUAGGCAAAUUCCGCCAGCGCCAACUUUUCUACCCAGUCAUUCUCUCUGUCAUUGACAUAACACCUCAGGUAUUGCUGGAGGACACCGUUUGCUCUUUCCGCCUGCCCGUUGGUUUCAGGGUGCCGGGCAGUCGAAAAAUUGACCUCCACCUGCAGUAAGCUCAUGAGCUUCCUCCAGAACCUGGAAGUAAAUUGUUUUCCUCGGUCUGAGACCACCCUCAAUGGCACCCCGUGCAACCUAAAAAUGUGUUCUACAAAUAACUUCGCUGUCUCUUCCGCCGUGACUGCAUGCGAGCAAGCUACAAAGUGGCACAUCUUUGUUAGUAGGUCUACCACCACCAUGAUGGCUGUUUUCCCUUUGGACUUCGGCAGAUCAGUCAUAAAAUCUAUCGACACUGCCUCCCAAGGUCGUUCUGGGGUUGGUAAGGGUUCUAAUAGCCCCGCCGGCGCCCGCCUUUCCCCUUUGGCUCGCUGGCAUUGCUCGCACCCUCUUACAUACUCACGUACAUCUUCCCUCACCUUAGGCCACCAAAAUUCCCUGGUGACCAACCACAUGGUUUUGUGUUGUCCAAAAUGCCCCGCCGUAGGGCUGUCGUGCAACUGCUUGAGUACCCUCCCCUUAACUCUCCUUCAGGGAUAUACAGUGCCCCUUUGUAAUACAAAGCUCCAUUUCUUUCCUCGAAACCCCCUGGUUCCUCUCCCUCACCCCUAAGACCUCUGAGCUUAUUCUGGGCGUAUUCAUCAUUCUCUGUUUCCUCUACCAGUUCUCUUUGUCCCACCAAUGCCGCCCCACACACCCAGCGGUCCUCUGGAAUGACAUGUCUCUCUUCGGGUGCCCCCUCCCCUCCAAAUAUUCUGGUUUGCGUGAGAGAGCGUCCGCCCUAAUGUUCUCUGGGCCUGGCACGUAAUUAAUCUCAAAGUUAAAUUUGGAGAACUCCUGGGCCCAUCUCACUUGCCGUUGGUUGAGCACUCGUGCCGUCCUCCAAUACUCUAAGUUCUUGUGGUCAGUGCACACUUGCACCUUAUGUUGUGCGCCAAUUAGCAGGUGCCUCCAUCUCCGGAACGCCUCAUGAAUGGCUAGUAGUUCUCGGUCAUACACCGUGUAGUUCCUCUCGGAUUUGUUCAGCUUUCGCGAAAAAAGGCACACGGUCUCCACUCUGACCCCUUCUUCCCUGGCUGCAGAAGCACCGCCCCAAUCGCUCUGUCUGAUGCGUCAGUUUCCACUCUCAUCGGUUUUUGUAAAUCCACAUGCAGGAGUUGUUGUUCCGAGGCGAAGGCCCUUUUUAGUUCCUCAAAUGCUCGCUCCGCCUCCUCAGUCCACACGAACUUCUUCUUACUGCUGAGACAGUCCGUAAUGGGCGCCGUCAGGUGGGCAAAGUUUCGGAUGAACUUACGAUAGAAGUUCCCAAAUCCUAGGAACCUCUGCACAUCCUUCUUUGUUUUGGGUGUUUUCCAUUCCAGCACCGCCUGGACCUUGCCGGGAUCCAUGGCCAAUCCCUUGUCAGACAGGCGAUACCCCAGGAAUUCCACCUCCUUGGUAUGAAACUGACACUUCUCCAGUUUCACCCACAGCUGGUUGGCUUGCAGCCUGCUCAACACUUCUCUGACGUCUCUCACAUGCUGCUCCUCAUUCUCAGAAUACACCAACACGUCGUCUGGCCACACAAUUCUUGUAAAGCAAAGGCCCCAGGACGUGGUUCAUAAACGAUUGAAAUGUUGCGGAGCCUGCUUGUAGGCCGAAGGGCAUAACCAAAUAUUCAAAUGCCCCUAAAGGGGUGAACAUAGUGGUUUUCCAUUCAUCCCCCUUCCUUAUUCGUACCAGGUUGUACGCCCCCCUUAGGUCCAGCUUUGUGAAAAUCUUUCCCUUCCGCACCCUUGUCAAAAUGUCGUCAAUCCUGGGCAUAGGGAAGGCUACUGGUUCUGACACUGCAUUUAAGGCCCUGAAGUCACACACCAGCCUCGGCUUGUUCGUGUUUUUCUUAUCCACAAAAAACACUGGGCUGCCCCCACCGCCCUGGACUCUCUGAUGAACCCUCUCUUCAGGUUCUUGUCAAUGAACUCUCUUAACUCCUGCAUCUCUCUGUCUGACAUGGCGUACAGCUUGCCUACAGGGAGCUGUGCUCCAGGGAGUAAAUUGAUUUGACAGUCAAAGGGUCUAUGCGGGGGUAGUUGGUCAGCUUCCCUUUCGCUGAAGACGUCACGGAGAUCUGCAUAUUGUCGUGGUACCUUCACGUUCUCUGUUACUUCAGUCCCUGCUAGGGUGGCUUGGACCCCUGCCAAACCCUUUCCCUCUUUGCAGUGUUCUAAGCAAUGUGCUGAACCAAAAGAAACCACUCUCUGAUGCCAGCCCACCAGCGGAUCAUGUAACGCUAGCCAGCUCAUCCCCAAUAUAAUGGGAGCUCCUCCCAAGGUGGCCACAUUAAAAGCUAUCAGUUCGGUGUGCCUUGCUACCUUCAUUAUCAUUGGGACGGUCUGCAAGCUGACUUCUCCUCCCAACAGCUCCCUGCCAUCGAUCGUGGUCACCUGCAGGGGGCUGCUUAAGGGAUCGUCUGUAUCUGGUGUUCAGCUGCAAACUCUUUGCUCAUGAAAUUGCAGGAGCUGCCUGAGUCCAACAGCGCCUUUAUCUUUAGAGGGUGUCCGUUUGGCAGCUCUAGCGUCACUUCUAUCACUAGGGCGGGUUUAGGAGGUUCUGGCGUGGGCACUCUCACUGCUCUUUGGCCUGGCUGCUGUGCCCCGACAGUGGCAGCCAGGCGUUGGCUUUACUUGCUCCGGUAUAUCUUCCUCUCUUCCAUCCACAGCUCCUACCAUCCCUUGCCAUUCUUUCCUCUGGGGGCAGACUCUGGCAAAGUGACCUGGCUGUUGGCAGAGAUAGCAUUUCCGGGCGCCUUUUCCCUCCUUUUUCCCCCCCCUCACUGGGCUUUGAAACUGCGCGCGCGCGCGCUGUUCCGAUUUCCAUCGGCUCUGCCGGUGGGAAAGUUGGCUCUGGAAUGUCUGGAAUGCGGAACUCCUUCCAACGUUCCCCUUUCCCUUCCCGCCUCUCCAAUGCUCUCGCCUCCUGGCGCGCUCCUAUGGCCAGCGCUGAUUUGGUCAGCUGGUCCAUAGACUCCACCCUGGGCGCCCGGGAAAGUUCGUCUUUCACAGCCGAAGAAAGCCCUUCUUCAAAGAGCAUUUGAAUGGGUUCCGCCGAUAAGUCCCACCCCAAUCUGUGAACAAGCAUGGUGAACUCAGUCCAGUACUCACGGACAGAUCGGCUCCCCUGUUUGCAAGCCAUUAACUGUCUGCGCACCACUCCCUUUUCAAUAUCGCUGGAAAACAUCAGAUCCAUGGCGCGAAAGAACUUCAUCGUGUCCUUUAGGACGUCACUAUUCGCUGCCAUCAGGGGUCUAACCCAGUCUCUCGCCCCCUUUUCAAGAUGCUCAAUCACGAAAGCCACUCGUGAUUCCUCGUCAGGAAUUCAUCAAACUGCAGAUUGAGGGCAUAUUGCAUUUCUGUCCGAAAGCCAUGAUAGUUUUGGGCUCCCCCCCAAACUUCUGCACCAAUCCUGGUACCUUUCUGGCGAGCUGGGUGGCUUUCCCCUUUUUGUCUGCAUCCUGAGCCCUCCUCUCCUCAAGCCUCGCCGUCUGCAUCGCUAGCUGGACCUCCAACACCCGGUACCUUUCUUCCAGGCUUGGACCCACUCCAGCUCCUGCUUCUCCGGUUCCGGCUGGGUUGCUCAUGAUGCCUUCUCCUGCACAAGCUGCUUUCAAAGACUGUCGGAAUGCUGUGAUGAGAUGAUGAGCUGCUUGUGCGUAAAAUCGUAUCCCCUCAGAGUUUGUUCAAGUCCACAAACCUCUGUCUGUGUGGAGCCCCUCAGACAUGGCUCCUCUAGUCACUAGCAGAUUCCGACAGUGGUUGCUUUCGUAAUCGCUUCCAACAUAAAAGCUCCUUAACGGAAACACGUCUUCUGGACUCUCUGCGUGACAGUUUCCGGCGAGGAGUGGGUGUUCUUACAGGAGGUCCUGAAACCUCCCCACUGUUUUCGCUGGAAGUGUCUCUGAGCCAUCCCUCCAGCUCAGCUCCUCUCCCCCUGCUGGUUCCCUCUUCAGCUGCUGCGUCUCUCCCAACCUGUGUGAGCCCUUUCACCUCCCUGCUGGUUCCCUCUUCAGCUGCUGCGUCUCUCCCAACCUGUGUGAGCCCUUUCACCUCCCUUCCGUCCGAUGGCAGUUCCCUGACAAUAGGAUACGGAGGGAUAAAGUGAUCUGGUCUGGGGUGAUGGCAACUAGUGUAGUUGCCCAGGGCAGCCACCAACAAGGCAAUGCUUCUCAAAUAGUCACUAUAAUUUCAUUUAGAUAUGACUUUAUAGUCAUGUGCUUUGAAGACAGAGAAAAUGCUUGCUUCAUUGCUCCCUAUUGCCCUCAGCUGUUGAUUAUUAUGACACUAAAGUAAUGGAGCAACGUUUAAUUAUAUGGUAGCACAGUUGUACCUCGGAAGUCGAACGCUUUGGUUUCCAAACGCCACAAACCCGGAAGUGAGUGUUCUGGCUUGCUAAUGUUCUUUGGAACCUGAACGUCCGACACGACUUCUGAUUGGCUGCAGGAGCCGCGCCUUGGUUUCUGAACGUUUUGGAAGUCGAACGGACUUCCAAAUGGAUUCCGUUCAACUUCUGAGGUACGACUGUACUGUAAAAUCACAUUUCUUAUUAAGCGAGUUUGAUGAUCUACUGCCUACCUUCCUAGCAGCAGAGAAACAUCACACACAGCAAUGAGAGUCUGCCCGGCUGCUUGGUUAAGUAAAAGAGAGAUGGUAAGAAAUGAUACUAACACCAAUAAAAGCACAUCCUGCAUAAACAUUACAAUAUGUCCCACAACAUUAAAAUAUUUCUAAAUCCAAAGCAAUAGAUUUCAGAUUUGGAUGAAGCUUCCUAAGUUGAAACUCCAUAAAUGGACAGAAGGAUUAAAGUCAUUAGAACAUUUACUGAGCAAAACAUGCUGUGGCUUUUGUUCAUAGCAUUGGCAGAAUGAAAGUAAAGAACAAGCUACACAUCAGUGCUUCCUAAUCCACUGAGAUGUCUAGCUCUUCAGUGUUAGUCACCUGCAAGGAAAAACACAUUUUCUCAUGAGGUAGCCAGAUAAAGUAACAUUGGAUGCAUCCUCUAUUUUUGGGCAGCUGCUCUGAUGCUGAAGCUGCAGUUGGCAAGAAAAAUGUCAUGCUGGUCUCCAUGAAAGACUUAAACAUAAGCAACAGCCAAGGUAAGGUUUAAGGGUUGGGGAAACCCAAAGGUGUUCUAUUUGAUAAGCAAGUCUUAGUGGGAGUGACUAAUUAGAACCCCACUAUUUAUAAAAGCAAAAAAGUAUUGUAAGUGACUAUUCCCCAGGGAUAAAACACAAUUAUUUGCUGUGGCUCUUAGAUUAUUUUGGGGAUUAUACUUUAUCAUGAUAACUGACUUAAAAGAAUUAUAGCAAGGCAUUAGAUUCCUAUUAAACCUGUCCUAAGACUUCUGCUCAUAUGGCCACACAAGUGUGUGCCUUGAACCUUGUAGCUUAUGUUUAAUUCUAGCAAGCUAUUUAUCAUUUGUAUAGUACCUAGAAUUUACUAAGCAUUGUACACAUUAAAUGAAGACAAUACCUGUACUGUAUAGAGAUUUACAAUGUAAAAUACAUGAUGCAAAAGACUUAACUCCCUGUGAGUUCAGAUUCAAGAAGAUAUUGCUGUGGACUAUACAUGAUUCCCAUACAGACAGCAGAAGGAUUGUACUUUAGAUAAAGUUGUUUUUUGGGGGAAGAGAGGGGUAAUUACUUUGUUUAAACACUGAUCUAGGCACAGAACCCAAAGAGUAAGGUUUAAUUUACAUUCUGUACCUAGAGCUCUGAGGCUUUCUAAUUUUGCCAUGUUGGUUUUUCCAGGUGCUGCAAAAUGUAUUACACCUGAAAAUUGAAGAAACAUUUUUAAAAUGUGUAACUUUAUUUUUAAUCAAUGUGGGGGAAUUCUGUAAGGUAUUUGUUAUUCUCUUUGGGAUAUAAACACAUGAAGCCACUUUGUAAAUCAGACCAAUGAUUAAUCUAACCUAAUAUUGUAUACACUUGACUUAUGGUGACUCUCCAAUGUAUCUGAUCCUUUAAAUGCAAAUACUGGGUAUUUUACCUGGAACUGUUGUCUCCUAAAUGCAAAACAUGCACUGUACUAUUGAGUUAUGGUCCUUCCCAGCUGUGGUUUUCAACUGGCCAAGAAACCUCUAUUUUUUCUUUGAAAAGUACUCAUAUUGAUGGGGGGAAAAAACCAGUCACAUUUCAUUGUGGUCGUUGUUAAUUUGGCAUAUUUUAAUUUCAAUGGAGCACAUAAAAUAUAUUUCUCAGGAGAAGGAAGGAGGGUGCAGACAGCCACAUUUUAAUGCACAAGCAACUUCUCAUUUGCUUACCUGUGCUGGAAGCCUUGUCCUUGCAUCCCCAGCUGCAGAAGUGAGCUUGAAAUUCCUGGCAGAUGCUUGUGUUUGAAAUCCUGGGCAGAGUAUCUGAAAGGGGAAUCUGAAAAGAUAAACAUCGCCUAUCUGCCCUUUAUUAUUUGUGUUUAUCUUGGCUGUU